AAAUGAAACCGAACCCUAACGCAUAUGCGCCUCCGUACGUCCGAUUUGGGUCCAACUCCCCCAAGCCCAAACCAAAGCCCUCCCAGAAUCCGGCAUUCUCUAUCCUCCCCUCUCCUCCUCAAUCCAAUGCACUCCCGUCUCCUCCGCUUCCGUCCCCGAGGGCCGAGGCCGGAACUCGAAGGAGCGCCGCGGAUUACCCAUCCAUACCACGCCACAUCUCGAGCCCGUCCUCCCAUGGCGGUGCAAAUCGCACUCUCCUCCACCUCCUUCUCAUCCGCCACCGUCAUUGCUUCCCUUCCCCGCACCUCUCUCCCCUGCCUCACUUUCCCGCCCCCAUUCAGCAUCGAAGGAGCUUCCAUGGAAAAAUUGGAACCGGUUUUAGAAGAGGGGCACGCCGCUCCAUCAUAUCCAUUGUCGCAGUCCCUGAUAUCAGCUCCACUGAAGCAGCCAAGAAGCUGGCGGCCAAGGAAAGCCAGCCACCGGUUUACCCCUUCUCGGCCAUCGUCGGCCAGGACGAGAUGAAAUUAUGCCUUCUUCUCAAUGUUAUCGGCCCCAAGAACGGCGGCGUCAUGAUCAUGGGCGACCGCGGGACCGGCAAGUCGGCCACCAUCCGCUCCCUUGUGGACUUGCUUCCCGAGAUCAGGGUGGUUGUCGGACACCCCUUCAACUCGGACCCCGAGGACCCUGAGUCCAUGGGCAUGGAGGUCAGGGAGUGCGUCAUGAAGGUUUUUUCUUCCUUUUCUUGCAAAUCAUUUUGUUCUUCUAAGCUAUUAGUUUUCUGUAAUUUUGAAGCAUUUAUAUAAAGUUCAGACUAGCAGGGAUCAAGAAGACGUUUGAAGUAUCCAACUAAGGUUUCCUCCCCUCCUUUUUUUAAAAAACAUCGGUCCUAAUUUUCGUGAAUCCAACUACUGCUGCUAAUUGAUUACUGUUGCACGAUAAAUUAUUCCUUGCUGAUUGUCUAUUUCUCUUUUGUCAUCUGGUGUUAGUGAUUAUUUAUAGGACCUUAAAAGAAAAUGCAAUGACAAACUGAUGUUUGGCUCCAGCUUUAAAUAAUCAACAUUACUUGUAUUGCUACGAUACAUCUUAUCCAUUGUAAUAGAAAAUGAGAUUGUUGUUUGUUGCAAGUUUUGCCAUUCAUGGAAAUAAGAAAAUUUAGUCAUGUGUUUGGAAACCACAAGUACUGAUUCUAGUUAAAACCGAAGUUUCUUGUGCAAAGGGAGGGAAAAUUGUUGUAUAAAGAUUAAAUUGUCUGAAGACUAAGGUGUUUACUACUUAAUAAUCAACUCAUGUUAGUUCAGCUGUCUCAAUUUUAAACAAUUUGGUGGUUAAAUAUAGCAAGGUAAAAAUGCAGCUAUGCAUAAUCGUCUGCUAGAGUUGAGAUGCAAUCCGUGGUCUUAGUUUCGAAAGAAAUAAUGAUUUAGUACUAGAAAGUGCAUGUCAGAAACUAUAAUCAUAGUAAAGACUGAACAACUUCGACCAUAUGUUGACACAAUAGUUUUUGAUGGAACCAUUUAGAACAACUGCCUAAGUUCAUUACAUGGAAGGUCUGUUAUCUUAAGCUACUUGAGAUCAGCAUGGUACCGUGGCCCCUCUUUUGAAGUUUGGUGAAUUUUUCAUUUUUUUGGAAAAAGAAAUUAGUUCAGUUCAGCAGCCUUAUUGUUGGGAGAAGGUUGGACUGUCAUGGUAUGGUCAGCCUUACUUAUAUGAAAGAGGAUGUGUAAUGUGUUCUAGAAUUUUUCUUAUCAGUAGUAGUAAUAUUUUUGUGGAGUUUUGCCUUUGUUUUGCUGCAUGUGGAACUUUACCUUAAUUCAUAACAAUUAAACUAGUUAGGGAAUGAUUCAUCAUGAACGACACUUCUUUGAAUUGGACAUCCAAGUUUUUCAUCAGCUCAUCUAUUUAGGAGCGACAGAAACAUCCAGUGGUAAGUUAAUGCUUCAAAUUCAGUCAUUUCUGUUUACGUUCCUUUUUAUUUUUUCAUCAUGAAAACAUGUUGUUUGUUCCUCUCAAUGGGGUUGGAUUUCGAUAUGGCUCUUGAAGCUGAACUUUUUUAAGUUCUGUGAAAUGGAAGAGGGUGGCAGUCUACCUUUUUGUGUAAAAAGAAGUGAAAAAAGAGGACUUAUGUCUCUGUGUUAUUGUGAAAGGAGAACUGAGAACAUAAUACAUUCAAUGCUAUGUUGAAGUUAGAAAGAAAGCUGAUUUGAUAUUUCAGUUCCAUAUGUAUUCUAUGGACCUACAGUGAAAGUUGCUUGUGGGAACAAAAAGAUUUAAAUGUGAUAUAGAAAAGAAGGCAGCAUGAAGCUGUUUUUUUUUUGUGCUUUGCUUACAGAAA